AUGAGCAAAACGAAAACACCCAAACCUGAGUCCAGAGAGACACGCGAGCGGAAGGACCCAAGGUGGAGCGGCCUUAGUAACAAAUCUCCGCCCGUCCAGGAAGGGUCGGUGGCGGGGCCGCCACAACCUCCAGUGGCGAGGAAAAGGACAGGCACCAAACGGGUAAGCAGUGUGGCAUAUUGGAAGAAGCACUGGAUUUGGAGUCAGACUAUUCAUGUCCCAGCGCUGAUGAUUUAUUGUGAGACUGUGGGCUUCAGUUUCUUCAUCUAUAAAAUGAGGGAUCAGCUAACAAUCUUUGACAAUGAAGUCAAUUCAUUUUUGGACAAUAUGUUUGGACCUCGAGAUGCUCGGGUCAGAGGAUGGCUCAUGUUGGACUCCUACCUUCCUACUUUUUUCCUUACUGUAACAUAUCUACUUUCCAUAUGGUUGGGUAACAAGUAUAUGAAGAACAGGCCUGCACUUUCUCUCAGGGGUAUCCUCAUUUUCUAUAAUCUUGGAAUCACAUUACUCUCUCUAUAUAUGCUUGUAGAGCUCAUUCUUGCCACUUGGGAAGGAGGCUACAACUUACAGUGUCAAAAUCUCGUCAGUGCAGGAGAAGCGGAUAUCCGGGUGGCCAGGGUGCUGUGGUGGUACUACUUCUCCAAACUGAUAGAAUUCAUGGACACGAUUUUCUUUGUUCUGAGGAAGAAAACCAGUCAGAUUACUUUUCUCCACGUGUACCAUCAUACAUCUAUGUUUAACAUCUGGUGGUGUGUUCUGAACUGGAUACCAUGUGGACAAAGUUUUUUUGGACCAACACUGAACAGUUUUAUCCACAUUCUCAUGUACUCCUAUUAUGGACUUUCAGUGAUUCCAUCCAUGCACAAGUAUCUGUGGUGGAAGAAGUACCUCACACAGGCACAACUGAUCCAGUUUGUACUGACCAUAUCACACACCCUGAGUGCAGUUGUGAUACCCUGUGGCUUUCCUUUUGGCUGUCUCAUCUUUCAGUCUUCCUACAUGCUCACAUUAGUCAUCUUAUUCUUAAAUUUUUAUGUUCGGACAUACCGGAAAAAGCCUCUCACACAAGAAUCAAAAGAGAAGCUUGCAGGAAAAGAAGUCACAAAUGGUUUUCCCAAAGUUCAUUUCAUUGCAGCUAAUGGAGUUGGGGACAAGAAAGCCCAGUGAAAAUAGUAAAGAGAACAACACACAACAGAACCUAAGAAAUUCUUUUGUUUUGAAACAAAAACUGAGUUGAAAUAGUUCUUUAAGUUUUAGUACAAACUGACAUCUGUUGUUUAUAAAUCAUUUGUACCAAAAAUGUAUUAUUAAUUCAUUGCUAUUAGGUUUAACAUAUUUACUAAAUGCUUUAGUCAAAGGUUAACCACUGAGAUGAUGCUGGAAAUUUUAAAUCUUAAUGUUAAGGAAAAAAAAAACUUCCCAAGUGCCCUCCUGUCCCCAUAUAUUUCUUUUUAUGAUGCCUUAUAUACUGUUUCCCAAGUAAACCCAAAGAACACUGAGUGUUUUCAUGGUAAACCUUUAAAUUUAAAAAAAAGUUAGUGUUUUGUUUAGAUUGUUUAGAUUAACAUAUUUAAACUACAAUGUUGAUUAUCUUCCAGGACUAGGCAGUAAACACCCAUGGAUAGAGUGGUCAAUCCAUUGGGCUCCAUAAAGCAGAAAUCUCUAAGAAAUCAUUUAAAAAAGAAUGUGGAACAAGGAAAGA